AUUGUACUAUUCCUUUUAAAGAAAGUUUUUCCUUUCAACUAGUAAAGUCGUUUAAGUAAAAAAAAUGAAAUUUGCUGUUGGAUUCUUGUCAUUAAUUGUGAUAAUAUUUCAAGUAAAAUGUGUUAGUGCUGAGGAUGAAAGUCAAGCAUGCAUGAUUAAAAUUUUAAAAGAAAAAGAGCUCUUAAAUGAAGAUUUUUCUUAUCCUCGUCAACCGACAAGAUGUUUUUUGGCAGCAAUAAUAAUUACAGCAAUGGAAGAUGGAUUUUAUUCCAAGUUUGACAAUGAAGAAGGCAUCAAUGCAGAUUGUGUUAAAAGUGAGCUUAAGAAAAAAAAUCUUGUUUAUCAUCUAAUUAAAAAAGAUAUUAUUGAAAGUUCAAAAACUCUGUCAGAAGAAGAAAUUAAGAGUCUCUUGAAUGAAAAUAAGGAAACUAUGAAAAGCAUUCUUAAUAGUGCAGCAAAAGCCUGUAAAAGUGAUGACAAAUGGGGAGGAAUAUUUGAUGAUGUUUUGGAUAUUAAAAACACAACUCAUGCUGCACUUGAGAGCAAUUAUUGUUGUUUGAAAACAUCAAUUGAUAAGAAUCUUAUUAAAAUUGAAAAUAUUGAUGUAAAUCCCUACAAUUUUGAUACAAGCAACGUUGACUGUAAUGCAAUAAUUGAAAACAAAAAAAAUGAUAUAGUACGUAAAUUUAGAGCAAAAUACAACGAGUCUGGCUUAUCACAGAACAAGAUUAACUGCAUUGUAAAUAAUUUGAAUGAAUCAAAUUUCUUUGAUACAACAAUUGCAUUGAAAACUCUAGAAAAAAUCGAUUUGGAGCCUUUUGUUCGUGCAGAAAACAAAAGGAAGUUGUCGAAUAAAAUUGAAGCUGGAAUUACCGGAAUAUUUUCAUGUAUGAUCGAAAACUAUUGACAAAUUGAAAGUUUAUUUCAACUCGAUUCCGGCUUGAAAUUUUAUUUAAAGAAAAUGUAAUGAAUUAGAAAUAUUAAUAAAGUGCUUAAACAGCAUAAAAAGAAAUUAAUUUUUUAAACUUAAAUCUUA